AUGAACAACUCAGCUGUUCGUGCUGCCACUGCAACGUCGAUGUCGAGCCUCUUCUCCGUCGCCGUGGCUCUGUUGGCGGUGUCGCAGUCCGCCUUCGUCGAUGCAAUGCGGAUCCCACCUCAGGCCCCAUCCUCCUCCCUGAUCGCGCGGGACUCCCCCAUCAAGCGUAGCCCCCGAGUGAUCCCUUGCAAUGGAACGAUGCGCAUCGACGAGAACACCAUCCAAUGCCCCGUUGGCCUUUACCCGUCGGCCGAUGGUACGUGCGAGUAGAGUUUUGCAGAUACUCCGACGACGUGGAGAACCUUAGUUCACGCGGGCAUCUUACUUCAAUCGACAGGUCGACGCUGUAUCGCUUGUCAAGAUCCCUAUGCCAUCACCUGCACUUCCUCUGGAGCGGUCACGUGCAAGAGUGGUAUUGCACCCAAGGAUGGUUUUUGUCUCAAUUCGUGGGACUGCAACGGGGCUCCGCCGCGCUACCUUGCACCGGACAGUCAGUCAUUUGGUCUGGGUCGCUUCCCAUAUUGCCUUUGUCUGAUCUUGGCUGUGAAUGCCCUUUUUCCCGAAGAUAUCUCGUGCUAUCCUUGCCCGGGUCAAAACGCAACAUCAUGCGAUCGCAACGGCGGCUCGACGGGCUGCUCGUAUGGCGUACCUGAGAAUGGUGCAUGCGUCGCGGUCAAGUGUCCCACCUCCUCAGUCAACACUGAUGGUAAGUCAGAACUGGACUGGAAUGCUAUCAAAGAGGUGCGAAGCUCUGGGGGACUCUGACGGGAGAUGAAUAUCUCGUUCUUUCCCACAGGCAACGGCUGCUGCCCUGACCCCUAUGCAAUCACGUGCAACUCUGGCGGCUCGCUCUCAUGCAAGUAUGGAACGCCUUCGGAUGGGAGGUGCCCCAAACCCGCAGAUUGCAGUGGAUCACCACCCAGGUAUCCCUCCAAAGACAGUGAGUCUGAUAAGGACUACGUCGAUGUAACUCGACGCUGAGUCUUGGGGUUUGGUAAUCUGUUAGGACUUUCGUGCCUGGACUGUCCGACCAACUCGACUUCGUGUGACGAUCAGGGACAAGCCACCGCGUGUAGUUACGGGGCUGUCAGUGGCGGUCAAUGUAAAGAAAUCAUGUGCCCGACAGGUCCGGUCAGCGUUCAUGGUGAGUGGUACUCAAGUUUAAGACAGCCGCCCCUAGAGUAGGAGAGAGAAGGGUUGACAUUGCUGCUGAGCCUCGCUUUACAGGGAGUUCAUGCUGCUCCAACUUCACCCUAACCUGCGAAGACGCCAAUAAUUCUCUUACCUGCGAUAAAGGCUAUAAAUUCAAUGGUACCAUGAACGGGACCAUUGCUUGUCAAGGUCCUUACUCGUCUCGCUAUGGUCGUAAGUCAUCCCGGCUGGGCCGUUGGCGUCCACACUCGACUUGGGCUAGCCCGGCGGCCCCUCUCUGCCCCACGGAACUUUCAGAAGCUGAUGAGAUCUACACGUAUGUCUAUAGGUGGAACCUUCAUGUACGGUGCCCGCCCGAGCCCUUUCAACUUCUGGCCUCACACCUCCGUCGAAACCUGCGCGAUCGAAGCGAGGCGGCGCAACACGACUUACAUGUGGACUGCUAACACUGGGCGAGGUCAAUGCCUCUUCAUCCCCAUCGACGGUUUUGCCGUUGAUGUCAAAAGCUGGACGAACAAGCGCUGGUACGAUUUCGGAAUCUUUGGGACCUGCGACGAGACGACGCGAGAUUGGUCGGUUGGAUCCGAACACGCCGGAGAGUGCGAGGACUUGCUGUUGAUUUAG